UUUGAUGUGUGUCCCCGGGGACAUUUGAUGGAUUAAAGCUAAGCAGCUCCAUUUCGCAGCACCACCUGAUCUCCCCCUGCCUGUGCCCCAUAUAAAGGCCGGCGUGAUUGCUGAUCUCAGCUAGUCUGACACUCUCUCUCUCUCUCCCUCCUCUCUCUGUGUCUGUCUCCAUCUCUUCUCUUCCUCACUGGUCCCUUAAGCCUGCCGCAUCACAGGAGCUAUCCAGUGCUGAACAGGAUCGCUUUUAUUUUUUUCAUUUUUUUCAUUUUUCGGGGAGGAGGAGGAGGGGGGGGGAAAGCUGAGGGGAGCCAGAGAGUAUCACACAGCAUUUGCCGUCAGCCUUGUUCUCCGCUGGUUUCCAUUUUCUUUCUUAUCUUAUGUUUUUUGGCCGUUGUCUCCACAUUAACCGCGAGGAUUACCGUCAAGACAGAUCUGCUCGUGUGCUUCCUUCAGAGGGUCUUUCCUUUUUUUUUUUUUUUUCUCAUGCGUUUUUCUCAGCUCUGUGUUUUUACCCAUUGAAACAUGCCACGCUCAUUUUUGGUGAAGAAGAUCAAGCUUGAUGAUUUCUCUUCGUCCAAUGUGGCCACUUCCCAUCAUCACCACCACCACCACCACCACCACCACCUGGACGACUCGUUCACUUUUGCACGCUCCAUCACAGACUCGGUGACCAGCCUCGGCGUCCGUCUCAGCGAGAAUGGCUACAUCCAGGAUUACAUCACGCCAUCUGUAUACCAGGGCGAGAAGAAGAUGGAGCACAAGCUGGCUUCGCCGGUGUCCGACCCCCUCUACACGCAGGUGAGCGGCGGCGAGGAGUACUGCGACCCCGACCUGAAGCAACCCGACAGCCCCCAGUCUGGCAUGACAGCCAGCGGCUUCUACAGUGGUGAAUCGGAGGCCCUGGCCGAGGGUUACACCAUGGAUGCCUUCUUCAUCUCCGACGGUCGCUCGAGGCGGAAGGGGGACAGCGAGAGUCGCGAGGGGGGCUCGAGGAGCAGCAGCGCCAACGGCGGGGCCCAGGAGAGGGGCGCCGGCACGGCUCGCCACUCCUGCAACGAGUGCGGCAAGACCUACGCCACCUCCUCCAACCUCAGCAGACACAAGCAGACGCACCGCAGCCUGGACAGCAAGAUGGCCAGGAAGUGUCCCACCUGCAACAAGGUGUACGUGUCCAUGCCGGCGCUGGCCAUGCACAUCCUCACCCACGACCUCAAGCACAAGUGCAACGUGUGCAGCAAGGCCUUCAGCCGACCGUGGCUCCUUCAAGGUCACAUGCGCUCGCACACGGGGGAAAAGCCCUUUGCCUGCGCACACUGUGGCAAAGCCUUUGCCGACCGCUCAAACCUCCGCGCCCACAUGCAAACACACUCUGCCUUCAAGCACUACCGAUGCAAGCGCUGCAAUAAGACCUUCGCUCUCAAGUCCUACCUGAACAAGCACUACGAGUCGGCUUGCUUCAAGGGCUCUGCGGACGAGGACGACUCCGGAUCCGAAAACUAACCCACGAAGGAAGAAGCGAAAUUUUGAACCCCUGUUGUAGGUUCGCAACCAAUAACCCUGUUCACUCUGCCCUCCAUGCCUUUUUUCUUCCCCUUUUUUAGAAAGCAAUAUUUUCACUGAGAUUACGUGAAGAAACUGAUUAUGGCAAAGACAAUUUCAAAAGAUGCUGGAUUUUUUUCCCUGCACAGUAGCUAAUCGUCCACAGAAACAUACAAUCAAACAACCUUCCCCCAAAUAGAGACAGUAGAUGCUAGUUGUACACAAUUAAGCAACAUGUGUGCGCACGGACGUGGGUACAUGUAAGCACACACACACACACACACCCCUACAACCACACAUGUAUGCAAAUGGACACACGGGCACAAACGCGCACACACACACACACACACACACUCACACCCACACACACUGUACACACGUGUGCACACAUAUACACACAAUUAUAUAUGAGGCCUGGCAUGUGAAUUUUUAUCAAUGACUAUAAUGAAAUUGAUAUCAAUAGUAAUAAUAUUUAGAUUCCUGAUAUUUUAUAGCAAAUAGUAAUGAGAAAAUGAAAAAAAAAACAUUAAAAAGGACUAACAGUGUUCUUUUGUUUUUUAGAGACAAAAUGACCUCUUGUAUUUUUAUGCUGCUUUUUAUUUGCUAAGAAUUGAAUUCUUUUGCAACUGCCAACAUGAACUUUUUAUGAAAAUGUGAACUAUGACAGUAUUUGCAAAAAAGGGAGAUCAUUUUAAAAGGUAAAAGACAAACCCCCUUUUUUCACACCAAUGUUUCAAUUCAACGGAUGUUAUUUUUCUAUUUGAUUUUUCUAAAUUUAUUUUUUUGUGCUUAUUAUCCCUUGUCGAUCUAAAGCAUCUUUGUAACUGUGGGUAUUAGAAGAAAAAAAAAGGCUAAUUUAAAGAAGCUGUACACCAUCACAGGCCAUAGGUCAUUCAAUUCAAUCCUGCAAGAGCAGUGAUUUUAAAACAUUUACCGGGCCUGUUGAACAGGUUUUUCACACAUCAAAUUCAUAGUCUCACCCUGAUGUGCAGACUUGGACUAAACACUGGGAGCCAGACCAAAUGAUCUAUUGUUAUAAGUGCCAUGAGCGGUUGACUCGUCUAUAGCAAUGAAAACUCUCGUUGUUCUUCCUCCACCAUGGUGGCUUGCAUAAACUCUGCGGCCUUCAUGGUGCAUCGUUCAGUCCUGAAGAGCAAUCUUCACCCAUUAUUUGAGGUGCUCCCCCUCCGCCAGUGUUACCUCAGAGUGAAGGUAUGGACUCACACACCCUCAGUUACAAAGCGACAGUCAAAUGAUUCUGUUUGUCUGUUUUAUAUGUCGCUCAAAGCUCCGCCCACGGCUUAGAUGCAUACCAUCUAUUUAUCAUGUAUAUACUUUAUUUCUACCUAUUUAUCUAUUUAUUUAUUUAUUCACCUUGUGUAUUUAUUGAAGACUUGCUUAUUUGAUAAUGAUCAUGUAUUUAUUUAUUGUUUAUAAUUUCAAAAAAGAGAACAUCCAUUGACCUUGUAAGAUGCUGCUGAUCUUCAAAGAAAAUGUUUAUAUGCAUGAAAACUGUAGAGAGUCCGUGGGACUUAGUUUUUUAAAGAGGAACAAUGUACAGUACCAGUGUUAGGAGACUUCAAACGAAUGAAUGCAGAAUUAACUUUUGUUUUCGUGGCAAUAACUUUACUGACACAGCAACUGACAUGUAUAACAAUCACAGCUGUCCUGUUUUCAGUCGAUUUAGGGCAAUAAAAAUAAACGAUGAAAACAAAACCCAAUAAUACUCUCCAGCUUACUGUUUUCCAAAAGUCUGCUGCAUCCUUUCGACUCAUCCUUAAGACUUGCUGACCCUUUUUGCCUUUAAAUCUCAGGCAAUAAAUGAAUGCCAGAAAUGGCCAGCGGGGUUAUUCGCAUAGAAAGCGGCAUAAAAAAGAAAUACCACGAUGCGUCGUAUAAAGAGGUGGGUGUAAUCUGUUCACAACAAGGUUUCAACGGAGCAGAAGCAAUAAUAACAGUGAUGCAAUAACUAUGAGCAACAAUCCUUCAUACAGCGAGUCCAAAAUAGCAACAGAUGCUAAUUCGACUAGAAAAGGCUGCUAUUCUGUUACAUAAUCCUUAUUUCAACUGUCUCUUGUAUCCAGUGGCAACCAGGCGAAAACAAAUCACUUCUGGCAGCUGAAAGGCAGGUGUGAUUUGACGGAAAUGCUAGAAGGUUACACAACAGGAUUAAUAUCAUUCUAAUUUAGGUCACUGAUGUAAUGAAGCGCUUAACAAAAAGUUACAACUGCUCCCAAACGAGUCUGUGCGGUUACACACAGCAAAGCGGAUGGAAUCCGAAGGUCGACUGCGUCCCGUUGAUGGAGAGCCUCUUGUCGUGAACUGUCUUGGUGGAGAAAGUUUUCGAGAUUGUUGUGAUAAUACUACGCGGCGUAAUGCACUUCCAACUCCCUCAUCAUUUAUCCCUGACU